ACACCAACCCACAUAUUAAAAAAAUUCCCUUUCAUUUUCUUUCUUCCAACGACGAUCUCCCUUUCCUUUUUUCCCCUUUUUUUUCUCUUUCAGAUAUCUAUAUAAUUUUCUCAAGCUUUGUGUAGUCAUGGAAGGACAUCAUCCCCAUCACCUUAUUCCGCUCCACCACCAGCAACAGUUUCAACUCCGUCCACCGUCGCAUCUCCACCAGAGCCUCACCGUCUCCGCCGAUCCAACCCUAGCCGCCCCCGACAGAUUCCCUCAAUGGAGCCUUCAGGAAACAAAGGAGUUUUUGACGAUCAGAGCCGAGCUGGAUCGGACUUUCAUGGAAACCAAACGAAACAAGCUCUUGUGGGAAAUUACAUCCUCCAAAAUGAAGGAAAAGGGUUUCAAUCGCAGCGCUGAACAGUGUAAAUGUAAAUGGAAAAACCUCGUUACUCAUUAUAAGGGUUGUGAAACAAUGGAGCCAGAAAAUUUAAGGCAACAAUUUCCAUUCUACACAGAACUAAAAGCAAUUUUCGGAGCAAGAAUGCAAAGGAUGUUCAUGGCGGAGGCGGAGAGCGGUGGGAGUGGAUCGAAGAAGAAGAUGAAGACAUUAUCGUCCGAUGACGAGGAAGAAAACGAAGACAGUAACGGCGACGGGGGCGAGACGAAGGUUAACAGCAGGAAGAGGAAGAAGGUUAAAGGCACGACGAUGGCGACAGACGGCGGAGGGGGAAGCGGUAGCCGUUUGAAAGAAAUAUUGGAAGAUUUCAUGAAUCAACAAAUGCAAAUGGAGGUGCAGUGGAGGGAGGCAUUUGAGGCAAGGGAAAAGGAGAGGGAAAUGAGGGAAAUGGAGUGGAGAAGGAACAUGGAAGCUUUAGAACAUGAGAGGAUAAUGUUGGAAAGAAGUUGGAGGGAAAGAGAAGAACAAAGGAGAAUAAGAGAGGAAAUUAGGGGUGAGAAAAGAGAUGCCUUAAUCACAGCCUUGUUAAACAAGAUUAGAAGAGAUGAUCAUAUGUAGUAAUUCUUUGCAUGCUUCAACAGAGUGGCAAAUAGAUACAAAUUUGUUCUUGGUUUGUUUCGAAAUUAGGAAUCUAUUUGCUAGAG